AUGGGCGAUCGAGAACGUGGGGUGGUUCGCAGGGGUAAUUAUGUGGACUCAGAGGAGGAUGACGACGAGGAUGGCUCGUCGAGCAGCGAGGAUGAGGAGUUUGAGGAGUACCUGGCGCAUUUGUCCGUCAGGGAUCGCGAGGAGGCAUUGGUGCAGUCGGCGAUGCGCCGUAUCGAUCGUGCCAAGGCCAAGGGGAGAACAGAUGUCAGUCUCAACAAGGAGGAGAUUGCGGCUCUGGAGCGCCAUCGCCAGCGCAUGGCGGAGGCCGAGAAAAAGAAGCGGAGCAAGAAGCGCAGAGAUCAACGGGUCGCGGUGCCUCUGACUGAGCUCGAUCCAGGCUCACGCAAGAAGAAGUCUCGGCAAGAAUCACGGACUCGGCAUUCGUCGUCGACUAACAGCAACCACGGCGACCAAGAUCACCAAGGCUACCCUCCCAUGGGCUACUUUCCGCCCCCAUCAACAACUGGCCGACGACGCUCAGGCACCACUACCUCGUCCCAGAGGGCGGCCAGUCGGGCGCGGGAUGAACGAAGCAGCCGUCACCCUUCAGACGCGGCCGCCCCCCCUUAUGGAGAUAUCCCGGUACCAGGCAUGUCUCCCACUUCAAGUCGGGCUGCCCUUGAUGUCUUCCAGUACCAGACGGCCUCUCAGCCGGCAAACCCCAUGGCUUCGUCUCGGAGACCUUUCUCAGGAGCUCCACAAACGGGCUAUCCUCAGCGAGGUGCCGGGUCCAUGGCCUGGGGUCAGUCGGGCUCUCAAUCAGGUCUUGGUGAUGGUUCAAGCGAAGAAGAAAGCGAGGGUAGCGAGGACGACUCUGAGCGAGGACACCGAGAGGAACAAAGCUCCAGCGAUGAUGUCGGAAACGGGGCUCAGAUCAGGGACGUCCCUCGAGGACGAGGCCCUCCCGUUCCGCUCGAGCCCUCACCUGAAGCAGAGGCCGAGCCUGAGGCCCAUCCAGUAAGGAGGAAUCCACCUCGUGCCUCGACUUCAUCCAAGAAAAAGCCAGUCCGAAGUGGUGGUGGUGGUGGUGGACGGCGAAAGAAGUAA